ACUCUUCUUAAUCUACAUGUAGUGCAUUUUUCUCUUUGUAGCCUGACGAAUUGUAGUUACAGGAUUGAUAUGCGACCAAAAAGGCCUUCGGAGCCUAAUUCGAAGCGGCUCCUUGGAUGAUUCAUUGGAGUCGAUGUUCAUGGAAGAUUGGAGGUGAAGGGAAGGCGGAUCGGUUUGGCCAAUAACACAUGCGCUUAUGUAAGUAAAUCUAGCGCGAACCCUCGGAAGCUCAACUUCAGUAUCCAAGCGGUAUCUUUCCUAAGCAAUUGCGCAGCCCGUCUGCACCAACACCUCGCCCGAUAUGCUCCCAGUCGCCCUUCGCGCCCUGCGCUCCCGCGGUGCAGCGGCUAGCUCCCGCUCCUUCGCCCGCUACACAUCGACAGCAACGACCAGCAACCAGGUCCCCGCCAACGACCCCGUCAAGCGCGAUGCAAAGCCGAAUGUCUCCGAGACCAAUGCGCUACCCACCUCUUCCGAGGGCUCUUUUGACAAAGUCCUGCAGGAGUCUCCGGAGGAGGCCGAGAAGAUGAGGGUUACACAGGCGCCAAACUACAAGGGCAUCUGGUCGCGGAGUCAGAAUCCCAGGGAGGUCGCCAUGAGCGGGCCUAGGUUCGAGCAGAGCAUUAUGGAGGACCAGCCUCGACCAUAUGCCGCCAUCGAGCUCAUCCACAAGCAGCCUGUUCGCUGGACCCACGACCGCACAGUGUCUUGCGACGGAGGUGGUGGACCUCUCGGACACCCAAGAAUCUUCAUCAACGUAGACAAGCCCCAGAUCUGCUGGUGCACAUACUGCGGACUGCCAUUUGCACAUGAGAAACACCGACCGCUCCUUGAAGCCACUCCCGAGCACGAGCUAUCAUACCCGCUUGGGCCCAAAGGUGAUGCUGCAGAAGUCAGCGAGACGCAACAGGUGACGGAUGAGCCGCUCGCGCAGCGAUAGAGUACUGUAAUCAUAAGAGCGCUCGGAGAUGGUGUACAUAUACAGUGCAAUGGAGAAUUUUCAAUCUGUCAUCUAUCGUGUUAGAA